GUGCGUUUGGAGAAGUGCUGGUUCUGCUCCAGCACCUGCUAUCCGGGCCAUGGCAUCACAUUUGUGCGGAAUGACGCGACGAUCUUCCGCUUCUGCCGGUCCAAGUGCCACAAGAACUUCAAGAUGAAGCGCAACCCGCGCAAGGUCAAGUGGACCAAGGCCUACCGCAAGCUGGCGGGCAAGGAGCUGGCAGAGGACGCCACCUUUGAGAUGGAGCGGCGCCGCAACCGGCCCGAGAAGUACGAUCGCGAGCUGGUGCACAAGACAGUCAAGGCGAUACAGAAGGUGGAGGAGGUGCGCGGGGCGCGGCAGGACCGCUUCUACGAGCGGCGCAUGGCCAAGUCCAAGGGCCAGCAGAAGGCGGCGGACCGGCGCCAGCUGGAGCAGGAGAUCCACCUGGUCAAGGCGCCCGGCGCG